AUGGAAGUGAAAAAUUCUUCACACGGGCACAUUAUUGAGAUCAGAGCGGAUGUUUCGUAUGGAGAGGGAACCAGUGGAGGGGCUAUUAAAAUUUGCGGAGAAGCGCCGUGUGGACUGUCUGAUGUGGGAUCCUACUCCAAGGAUGCAAAAGAACGGUCAGCUUCGAUGCGGAAGCUGCUAAUCGCGGUCUCACUUUGCCUUGUGUUCAUGAGUGUUGAAGUAGUUGGUGGGAUCAAAGCCAACAGUUUAGCUAUCUUAACAGAUGCAGCUCAUUUGCUGUCGGAUGUUGCAGCCUUUGCAAUCUCAUUGUUUUCCUUGUGGGCCGCUGGCUGGGACGCCACUCCUCGCCAGUCAUACGGGUUUUUCAGGGUGGAAAUUCUCGGCACGCUCAUCUCCAUCCAGCUCAUAUGGUUGCUUGCUGGGAUAUUGGUUUAUGAAGCCAUUGUCAGACUCAUUCAUGAGACGUCUGAAGUGAAUGGCUUUCUAAUGUUCAUCGUUGCGGCAUUUGGACUAGUUGUUAAUGUCAUUAUGGUGCUAUUGCUAGGCCAUGAUCAUGGCCAUGGACAUGGCGAACAUGACCAUGGUGUCGGCCAUAGUCAUGGACUCACAGUUUCUUCUCAUCAUCCUCAUCAGGAGGAACACGCAAAGGAUGAUCAGCCUGAUCAUGCUCAUGAAGAUCAUUCGCACCAUCAUGAUUGCGAAGAAGAUCAUGUUGAGCCAUUGUUGGAUAAACCGAAGCGAAGGAACAUAAACGUCCAAGGAGCUUAUCUCCAUGUGAUAGGGGAUUCAAUCCAGAGCAUUGGGGUAAUGAUUGGUGGGGGAAUCAUAUGGUACAAGCCGCAAUGGAAGAUAGUCGAUUUGAUCUGCACACUAGUAUUUUCAGUCCUUGUUUUGGGGACAACAAUCAAGAUGCUGAGGAGCAUACUUGAAGUCCUGAUGGAGAGCACGCCUAGAGAAAUCGACGCCACGAAACUCGAACAAGGGCUGAUAGAGAUGGAAGAAGUUGUGGCCAUUCAUGAGCUGCAUAUAUGGGCCAUAACAGUGGGGAAGAUCCUUCUUGCUUGCCAUGUCAAGAUCAGACCAGAAGCUAAUGCAGACGUGGUGCUGGACAAUGUUAUAGAUUAUAUCAGAAGGGAGUAUAACAUCAGUCAUGUUACUAUACAAAUUGAGCGUUAGAGGGCUCUCCACUGAUUUCUCUAGGUGUCACAAUUUGAUGUAUUUAAGUGCAAUUCUUUGCAACAUUAUGUUUUUCAUGUUCUGUGAAUUUUGUCUCGAAUUAAGGGCACACAUAUGUGCCACUAAGUGUGUAUGUGUGUGUAUAUAUAGACACUCAAACAAUCUAUGAUAA